AUGGAUGGACACGCUGGGCCGUCGACAAAACGAGCGGGAGCAUCAACACCCACGCUCUCGCACAAGACUUCGAUGGUCAGUGCCACCGACACAUUCGCAUCGGCCACCGACGGCGAGGGAUACUACACCGAUGCACACGCCGAUCUCAGCGCCUACCACACGGACGACGCGCGUAGCCGCACAAGCAGCGCCGCGCACACCAUCCACGCGCGUGACGACGGGUUGGUGCUUUCCCGGACGUCGUCCACCAACACAGCUCAGUUAGAACGAUCGAUACCACAAGAUCCAGCCAUUUCGAAUCAUCAUCCGCCAGAUGUGACCGCACGAAACGACACACAAUCAACAUCGCCCACCACCACUACAACCGCAGCAGGGUCGCCUCUACCCACGCAGCGCGAGUCGGACAAAGCGCUGGACCUCACGCCAGCUGUUGGAACGCUGCACCGCGCCAUGCGACACCUGGCCGUGCUUGGGCUAGUGGCCUUUGCGUCGAUCUGGGGCACGCUUGCGCGCGAAGGUCUGGUGGCGCUCAACACGUACGAUGGGCAGAGUGUUGCGCCGCUGGUGUGGGCGCAAGCAGUCGGGUGUCUGGUCAUGGGUCUGGCGGUGGGCGCCAACCGGCAGCCGAUCGAGGGGCGCUAUCCGCCGGCGUACGUGAUGAUCACCACGGGCUUCUGCGGCAGCGUUACCACGUUCUCCAGCUGGAUCCUCGCCGUCUUCCGCGCGUUUGGCAACCAGAUGCACUACGACCGUCAUGGCCUGCACAAUGUCAUGGACGCACUCACCCAGACGGGCGUCACGCUCGGUAUGGCCAUCGCUGCCACCGCCGCCGGUAUUGCGCUGUCGAGCAUCGUCAACGUCGAACGCGUCUUCUCGCUCGCGCGGAGAGGUGCGCCGAGCGGUAAGGCGGUGUCGGCCGGAAGGACGCUUGGGAUGGAUGCGGCUGCGGCGGUGCUCGGGUUGGUGUUUUGGAUCGGACCUGCGGUGCUGUGUGCGCUGUACGCACCGUUUCGACACGUCACGUUCAGCCUCGUGCUUGCGCCGCCCGGCGCUGUGUUGCGCUGGUACCUGUCGCGAUUCAACACUCAUGCGCUCGCAAAACGCACCGCUUUGCCGCUGGGUACACUCGCAGCCAACGUGCUUGCGACUGCUGUCAUCGCAGCUGCGUUCACUGCUUCGCGGGUCGGAUCGACACCCGCAUCGUUCGCAGGAGGGCGUACGGGAUGCCAGGCACUGCAGGGCCUCGAGGACGGAUUUUGCGGCUGCCUCUCGACCAUCAGCACGUUUGCGGUCGAGUUAAGGACGCUAAGCCCGCGUAGGGCGGUGCGAUAUGCAGUCGUGUCGUGGGUAGCGGGCGUGCUGAUUUGCGUACUGCUCAUCGGCGCCCCGUGGUGGGCGAUUGGCAUGGACGGACGCUGCGUCGGUUUGACCUACUAG